AUGACCGAGGCAGAGCCUGCUUUUGAUAGCCAUGCUGUGACAACCAUGGACACAUACCGUCCGUCCUUCUUAAUGGACAGCAGCAAAGAUGCCAUGGUCACAUCGACGUCCAUCGCUGAUCACAUCAACUACCAGCUAUCACAAAUCGAUGCCUCCUACACUACUAACAGCACCAGCAACGGAGACUCGGCCGCCAUCACAACAUUCAUGAAUAAUCAUACUGCUAAUCAGGAUCUAAUCGACAGAUCUAAUACAAACCAAGUAGAGCAUGUAUUGGAAUGGUCGCCCAAUAAGCGUUACUGUAGAUUAAAUACCUUGCUCGGUAAAGGUGCGUUCAAAGUAGUGUAUAAAGCCAUGGAUCGUGAAGAAGGCUAUGAAGUAGCUUGGAAUGUGUUACAUAUUGGACAUGAUAAUAAUAAGGAUGUUAGACAUGAGAUUGAAAUUUUGAAAUCAGUGCGCCAUCCAAACAUUAUUGCGUUUCAUGAUGCCUGGCUCAGCGAAAACCGCACUGAAUUUAUCUUUGUUACCGAGCUGAUGACCUCUGGAACGUUGAGAGAGUAUAUCCGUAAACUGAGCUUACCCAACCCCAAGAUUGUGAAACGUUGGAGUCGUCAAAUUUUGAAAGGUUUAGCCUACUUGCAUGGACACAAUCCGCCCAUUAUUCACAGAGAUAUCAAAUGCGAUAACAUCUUUAUUAACGGCGCGCAUGGCGAAAUCAAGAUUGGCGAUUUAGGCACAGCUGAAAAUAUGUGGCUCGGUGACAAAAAAUAUACACUGAUUGGCACUCCUGAAUUUAUGGCUCCUGAAAUGUAUGAAGAGGAAGGCUACAAUGAAAAAGUGGAUCUGUAUGCUUUCGGCAUGUGUUUGAUCGAAAUGACAACGGGCGAAUAUCCGUAUGCGGAAUGUACAAAUACAGCACAAAUCUACAAGAAAGUGUGUCAGCACAUUAAACCAGAUUCUCUGGCCAAGAUUCAGAACCAACAAGUACUGGAAGUCAUCAAUAGCUGUUUGUCCACAAAUGAAAACGAAAGGCUAUCUGCACAAGAGUUGCUUGAAUGCUCUUUUCUGGCAGUCGAGCCCGAUGUUGUCAUACUUGAAAAUGAUCCUUCGCAUACUAUUGUCACAUUGCAAGUUGUCUUCAAGGGCUCUGACAAGUUAAGUGUCAAGUUUGAGUUUAAUACGCAAGAAGACACAGCGGAGGAAGUAGUUGCUGAAAUGAUUGAGGAGCAAGUGUUGCCAGAGAGAUACCAGCAAUGGAUCACAAACGAAAUCAAUCGCAUAUUACGGGAUAUUGAGAAGGAAGAGGAACCAGAUACUGAGAAACUGCGAAAUCAGGACAACACACAACAGGCAGUUUGGAGACGAGAGAACGAUAUAUGCUCAGAGCUGGAGAAAUCGAAAUUAGAAUUAGCAGCGCUGAUGGAUAGAGUCGUUGAUCAAGAAAAGAAAUGUGAAUAUUUAAAGCAACAGGCUGUUAUCGCAGAAGAAAAGGAGAAGCAAGCCUUGCUCGAGUUGGAGAAAGCAGCUGCAUGCAUAGCAGCAAGACUACAAUCUCAUAGCAGCGAGGAUUCCAUCUUUUCAGAUGAAAGCGAGAGCUCCUGUUGUGAAGAUUAUCCUUCUCAAGAUGUAUUGCACAUGAGCAAAGUGGCUCAAAAGGAAUACUUUGAUGAUGCCAAUGUGGAUGAAUUCGUGUACGAUACAGCCAAAGCAACCAAUCGUGACCCAUCAAAAGCAGAAGAGUGGAUUCGUAAGCUCAAAGACCAAGAUAUUAUGACAGUAGGUGAUUUAAAAGAGCUACUGGAUGAAGAUUGGUCUAGCAUUGGGCUUACGGUCUUUGCUAUAAGAGCAUUGAAGAACAUGCUGCAUAAUCGAGGCAAUAGCAUGGACCAACAUGACCCCUUAGUAUAA